AUGGCUCACAACGAUAUUGAGCCUGUCGCCAAACUAGGCCUCAGUCUUGCAAGCUCCCUACAAGUACACUCGGAAGCCAACAGAAGAGCCCGACAAAGGCUUCCCAAGUUAAUCAAUUUGAUCAACUCAACUGCUUUGACUUUGAUCAAAGUUGAUGAUGUGAUUCAAGAAAAUGCACUCACAAAGCUGUGCCUGGAAGACGUCACGCGCCUAACAGCCACAUGCGAAAAGGUCUACAUCGGUAUCUUGAUCAUGUUGGUGCGGCAGACAGAGAGUUUUGUCGGCGACAAGGAGAUCAAUGAGAUCCCACGGGAGGAGACAGGAAAGUAUCUGCAAUCCAUUGCUCACAUCAAUGUCUGGCGUUACGAGUCUUGGGAGUCGCUCGAGGUUCAACUCGGGUAUUUUCGGUAUCGCUUGACGCAGAUCAAGCUUGAACUCAUGCUGCGAUAUCUUCUGGGCAGUGUCGCCCAGCACCAGAUGCGGGCACAGACUCGUGUCCCAGGCAGCUUUGAGACCGAGAAUGCAAUCAGACAGCUUGCAGGACAAGUGGCCUAUAAGCGAGCAAGUCACUACAAAUUCUGGUCCAAGAAGGUGGACAAAUGGACCAUCAUCGCUCCGCCACUAGCUUCCAGCAAUGUUUCCACCACAGAUGUCAACAGCACUUGCAGUGUUUCAAGUACACCUACCAUCGCAGUUGACACCAAGAUUGAAGAGACCAAACCCGUUGAAACUAUUCCACCCGCUGAAACCCAGUCGCCAGAGCUGUCCAAGGACACCGAGGUUUUGGCUGAUACCACCGCAGAGACCACCAGCACACCAACACAAAAGGAUCAACAGCCGGCCAAAGAACCUGGCCCAAGUCUGCUGACUGCUACCAGAGACUGGAUCAAACGAAUCGUCAUGCCAGGAUCGCACGACGAAUGGAAGAAUCAAGACCUUGAGGUUUGGCAAAUUGAUCUUGCCGCCCAUUUCAACUGCGCCCCAACCAAGACAUUCAAGCGGCUUGAACUGGAUGACAAACAUGUCAGGUCCGCUCUCUCGAAGGCAACCUCCAAGUCCAGAUGGAGGAAGUGUCCAGGACUCCUCGAGCAAUACGACUCACUCGAUCAACGUGUCCGCCAACGAAUCGACGAUGGUAUCGAUGCCGCCAAGCAAUCGAGCUGUAGGGAACGUACUUGGAUCGCCAUGUCAACCGCCAGUCCUCCACUCAAAAACAGAUACGAGGCUGUUGUUCAGACUGAUGCUUCUAUCUGUCUUUUCUUCCGGCUCGGUGAUGAAGUAGAGCCAAUACACGUAGUUGAGCUACACACGGGUAAAAGGCUCACCUUCCCGUAUGCUUCUUGCAAGGAUCUAGAUUCACUGCGUAAAAGACUCUCUUGCCUCACCUUGGGAUAUCCCGCGUCAGCUAUUUUGAAAGACGGAAAGUAUAAUUUCUGCGCCGAGGACGGAACCGUCAUUUUACCUGAGUCGUGGGAAUCGCUACGCCGUCCUGGCAUGACACUGAACAUUCAGAACUAUGGCACACCAAUACCACCAGUAUUCGGUGGGCCAACGCCCUUCAAUCGUCGUCCGGGUAUGAUGCCACCUGGGCCUUCGAAUGUUGUUACUGUUGGCCCUCCUUGUACAAGCACUACCACCUCCAGCAGCUCAUCAACACGUUCUUAUACUUCCCUGACGAUGAAACAAGUCCACGGCGAGAUUGAGGAGAUGCUUCACCUUUCCGACUCAUGGUCUCCUGAUCCUAAUACAAUGGGCACUGGCUUGGGCAGACUUCUUGGCUUGUGGACUAAUGCUCUUGAUCCGCAUGUGAACGCUACAGAAGAUUCGGAUUCAGAGUGGAGUUGUUCAGCGAGUGACUCUGACUAUUGUAGCAACGGCAGUGUGAGCUCUUAA